ACAGAGCUGAGCAGGAGGGCGGGGCCAGGGGAGGGGCCGGCAGGUAGGUGCCUUUCUCCAAAGAGCCGCCACUCUGGAAGGUCUCUGCGUAGCCAGGCUGUGCUAGAGACGUGUCCUCACUGCUGGCUGUGGAGACAGUCUCUUGUGCCUGCUCCGUGCCUUCAAAGCCAGCCUUGGACACCUGCUCCCCGUUCCCGGUGUGGAUUCCGGGAUCCCUUCCGUCUGGACCUAACAUCUGGAUCUUGCCUUCGAAACCAGCCCUAGGUCCCUUCCUGUGGGUGCCUGGUGUCUCCCCAGGGGCCCUCAUCCUGGGCCAUGGCCCAGAGGGCGGGCCUAGGGUCUGGGCGUCUGGAGGCUGUGGCCAUUCUGCUUUUGCUCGGAUUAUUCCAGUCCGGGAUGGGAGCCGACGGGGCCGAAGCCUUGUGCGGCAUGGCCUCCCAAGCACGCGUCACAGGUGGUGGCAGUGCAGCCCCUGGCCAGUGGCCCUGGCAGGUCAGCAUCACCUAUGACGGCACCCAUGUGUGUGGCGGUUCUCUUGUGUCUGAGGAGUGGGUGCUGUCGGCUGCUCACUGCUUCCCAAGGGAGCACCGCAAGGAAGACUAUGAGGUAAAGCUGGGGGCCGACAAGCUGGACUCCUACUCCACUGAGGCCCAGGUCCGUACCGUGGCGCAGAUCAUUUCCCACACCAGCUACCGCCAGGAGGGCUCCCAGGGUGACAUUGCGCUCCUCCGUCUCAGCAGCCCCAUCACCUUCUCCCGCUACAUCCGGCCCAUCUGCCUCCCUGCAGCCAACGCCUCCUUCCCCAAUGGCCUCCAAUGUACUGUCACCGGAUGGGGCCAUGUGGCCCCCUCAGUGAGCCUCCAGGCCCCCAGGCCACUGCAGCAACUUGAGGUGCCACUGAUUAGUCGCGAGACAUGUAACUGCCUGUACAACAUCAACGCCAAGCCCGAUGAGCCCCACUUUAUUCAGGAGGACAUGGUGUGUGCUGGCCAUGUAAAGGGGGGCAAGGAUGCCUGCCAGGGUGACUCUGGGGGCCCACUCUCCUGUCCUGUGGGGGGCCUCUGGUACCUGGCAGGCAUUGUGAGCUGGGGCGAUGCCUGUGGGGCCCCCAACAGGCCUGGUGUGUACACUCUGACCUCCAGCUAUGCCUCCUGGAUUAACCACCAUGUUGCAAAGCUCCAGCCUCGUGUGGUGCCCCAAAUCCACGAGUCCCAGCCCGACAGCAACCUCUGCAGCAACCAUCUGGCCUUCAACUCUGCUGCAGCCCAGGGCUUAUUGGGGCCCAUCUUGCUGCUGCCACUAAGCCUGACCCUGGGCUUCCUCGGUGCAUGGCACGAGCACUGAGCUACUCACCCUAGGAGCUGACUCUGCUUCCAGAACUUCCACGUUGCACCCAAGGAUAGACACCUGUUCCCCUGAAUGGACUUGCCGCUCCCUGACAUUCUGUGGGCCUGGGCCUGGCUUGAGCCACUCCUUCCUCCCAGGACCCUGCGGGAGUCCAGGGCACCAUCCUGAAUUUUGAGUCCACUCUUCUGGGUCUGUUCUUUGGGACUAAAUCCAGAGUUAGGAGUUUUACUGCCUGUGGUACUGGCUAGAACCUCUGGCCACCUACACCUGCUGUCCACAAGCCUAUUGGUUGGGCUCCUAUGGAGCCCCCAAGGACCCUUAGCUAUGAAAAGAGGCCCUGGCUCCUCACUCUCUUUCUAGAAGACUGGGCAGCUGCCUAGCUGAUUGCUGCUGAAGGGCUGGCUCCACCACCCCACCUGCUCUGCUUGAUGAGCCCCAUCCUUCACCCUCUUCCUGUCUUCUGGGCUGGGGCUGCCUCUGGGCAGCAUGUUUUCAAGGACAGAAAAGGCCUCAAUCUUGCCUCAUUGGCUGCCAUGCCCCCCUUCAGCCCUGACUCCUGGACUCCGGAGGACUGAGCCCCCACCGGAACUGAGCUCGGGCUUGGAUCUGGGAUGGGGGGUAAAAGGAGCAAGAAGGAAUAAAAUGUUUUGAGCA